AUGACGUUCCCUAAGGUUCAGACGUCCUCCUCGGGCCUGGACCUGCAGCGCUUCAGUUUCAAGCAUAAGAAGUACAGACAAUCAGUUUCAUCAUCAGAUGUGCUCAGUCCGGCUUGUCCCUCAGCCUCAAACGGGCUGACAAGCUUCUCUCAUCAUCGCACUAUGGGGAAAGGACGCACCAACAAGACUGGCAAGAAGGCGGUGGACACGGACAAGGAGGCUGAAAUGUCUAACGUACCUGCUGUUCCUGUGACGGAUGCUGCGGACAAAGGGCGUAUGCCAUCUUCCUCUUCGUCGCCUGUGGUGCUUGGUCCCUUUGAGGAUCUGCUGGACUUGCAGAACAAGGUUGAUCUCACCGUUGAGCAAGAUGGUGCUGGCGCAGAUGGGGUCACUGGCACCACUACUAAUGAGGAAGAGAAGGUGGCUGCUGCGGGGGAGGCUGAUGCGGAUGCAGACGCGUUGGAGGGUGAGGAUGCCUUGUCAGAUCGGGCUCCCGACGAUGACGGAGAUGGUUACCUGAGUGACGACUCCGACGAGCACCUGGAACCUGCUUCGCUUGGCAGCAUUAUCGCAUUGAAAAGGUUUUCACUAACCCUGCUGGUGCCGUUUAACAGGAAGCCUGAAGUUAAGCGGACGGCUGUAACCGUGGCUGCCUUGCUGGAUGAUUGGAAGGAUCAGUUGUCGCCUGAUGUGCUGCAGACAACGACUUAUCAGGAGCUUAUCGCGACUUAUUUUUCCGGCACGCGUUAUGGUCGCCUUCAGGUUACCUUCAACCACGUCCGCGACGCGAAUUUUGUCUGGAGCCAGGUCGUCAGGCAUGAAUGCGCAAACGGCGACAUCGUUGACUUUACCUGGCAGCAUCCUGAAGACGCACGUUUUCUUCGUGAGCGGCUGCUGAAUCCGACGGCGAAAGAGAUCAUUGUCAAAGGAGUCCCUGCGGAUAUUACUGCUGAGCUGAUACGUCACCUGCUAGUGGUGUCGAAGCUGGUUAAGCGCGGUCGGAUGAAAUUUGACACCUGGCUAGAUGACCUGCACCUUUUCCUACAGCUCACUGCCAAGGAAGACAUCUCACUGUACGAUCACGCCCUAGGCCAUGCCCCUGCGCCUGCUGCUACUGCCGACAGCUCUACCCGCUCACAGUGGCAGACUCGUGACGCCCACGCUCGCUUUGCUAUUCGCAACUCCCUGCCGCUAGAAGAGCGCGAGCACUUUGGCCAGCACAAGACUGCACAGGACCUGUACAAAGCUGUCGUUGCCCGCUACUCCUCGCCUGCCUCUGCCGCUCUAGGCCGUCUCUCGCUUCCCUACCUGUUCCCCGACCUGUCCUCUUUCCACACAGUCGCUGACCUCAUCACCCACCUCCGUACUAGUGAGGCCCGCUUCCGUGCUGCCAUGCCCGCCGAGUUCCUUGCCAAGAACCCUCCCCCGCUCUGGCUCACUCUCUACCACCUAGUCACCCGCCUCCCUGACUCUCUGCGUGCAGCUAGCAUAGUCGCUGUAGGUGCCUCUCGUGGCGACCCCCGCACCCCGUUCUUUGAGGGGUGUUCUCCUUCCCCCCUUCUUCCCUCUGUCGCCUCUGCUGCUGCUGUCGACCUCCUUGGUGCUGAGAAGGUCGGGACUGCGUCUGCUUCGAGCGGACGCCGCAGCGGCAAGGGCAAAGGGGGCAAGGGAGGCGGAGGUCACAGUGGGGGAGGAGGUGGUGGGGACGGUGGCGGCGGUGGGGGUGGUGGCGGGGCUGGAGGGGUGAGUGGUGGCGGUUGGGGGGGUGGCGGCAGCGGCGGGGGAGGUGGCAGAGGCGGGGGCGGUGGUGGGGGUGGCGGUGGACGUGGAGGCGGCGCGGGUUGGGGUGGUCGAGGAGGUGGGAGCGGAGGUGGUGGUCGUGGAGGCGCUGGCGGUGGCCAGAGCCAGCAGCACACUCCGUCGCCCCAGGAGACGUGUGGGAGGGCCCACACCGCGCAGCGCUGCUUCUCUCGUCUCGACGACGCUUGGCGUGUUCAGUUCCCUCAGGCCUCUGAGCUGCCCCGCUGGAUUGAUCUCCUGAAGAAGGGGAUUGAUAUCUAUGCUCUAGACUUUGAUGCUAUUCUCACUGCCAUGUAUGUGAUGUCUACUAGUGGAGAGGGUGCCGAGUACCUGUGUGUUCCGCCCGACCCGGGCAUUAGGACCAGUGAGUCUGCCGCUUCAGGUCCGCGCGUGUCUGCUUCCUCAGGUGCUGGUGCGGCUGCUGCUCUAGGUGCUUGUGCGUCUGCGCCCACUGGUACUGAGUCGACUGCAGCACUGCACACCUUCACACUGGACUCAGGUGCUUCUCGCUGCUUCUUUCGUGACCGCACUGCCCUUGAGCCACUUGCUCGGCCAGUUGCUGUCUCUCUCGCUGACCCCUCCGGGGGACCGGUCGUGGCGACCUCCUCCACUGUCCUUCCCUGUCCUGCGGUCCCGUCGGGCACAUUGUGGGGUCUCCACCUCCCCUCGUUCUCUACGAACCUGGUGGCUGGUUUCCGGGUCUUGGGAUCUCGAGCUUUUGUCCGCGACGCUUCCGCGGACAAGCUCUCCACCCGCGCUGUUCCCUGUGUCUUCCUUGGCUUUGUCCCUGACGCGUCUGGUUGGCAGUUUUACCACGCCACCUCGCGCCGGGUCCUUGCCUCUCAGGACGUCACUUUCUUCCCCUACCGCACUGCCCCACUCCCCCCCCCGCCUCUCUUCCUCGCACCAGGUGCUGCUGUGGUAGACCCCCUCCCCCCUCAGGGUGCCGCUCCCUCAGGUGUGUCCCAGGUAGACCCGGUUGACCCUGUUGAGGUAGCUGUUGACUCUCGUCCUGCUGGGGGUGCGGAGCCUGGGGGUGCUGAGCCUGGGGGUGCUGAGCCUGGGGGUGCGGAGCCUGCGGUUGCGGAGCCUGGGGGUGCGGAGUCUGGGGGUGCUGAGCCUGGACGUACUGAGCCUGGGGGUGCUGUGCCUGGGGGUGCUGAGCUGCAGAGUUCUGGGUCUGGGACGACUGCGUGA